UUCAGAGUGUGAUGCAGAAAAAGAGAACCACAGGAAACCAGAAGGGGAAAAAAAGAUAAGGAAAUGCAACACCACUGCAAACGCCCACACUUCUUUUAGCCAAAGAGUCUGACGGACAGCAAUCCUAGCGUGCUUCCCUUAACAACGCCCCGAAGGGCACUGAGCGCAACUUUUCCGGAUCUCUUGCUCUCCCAAUCCUUUUCCCACGAAGCACGCAAAGCGAUUUUCCCUUCGCGGCCCCGCCCCUUCCUUUCCAUGCGGUGCCCCGUCGCUCGCGAAACUCGCUUGGAAGCAUUCGUUGUUUGAAAAAGUGGCGUUAUGCUGGAGUUCUCGCUGACUAGUGUUGCUCGGAGGUUCUUGGUGUUUUUUGCGCUGCUUUCUGGAAUUCAGGGUGAUUGUGGAGCACCACCAAAACUCAUAAACGCCAUCCCUAAAGUUGACAUUCAUGGGAAAAGCUUCCCUCCUGGUACAACAGUAAUCUACAAGUGUCUGGAUAAUUUUUAUAAUAUCCAUGCAAAAUCAGAUGUUGUAACGUGUCUUGCAGAGUCAAAGUGGACAAACAUAGAAGAGUUUUGUGAACGCAGCUGCCUUGACCCACCAAGGGUCCAAUUUGCUAAUAUGAGGGAAGAGGACAAACAGAGUUACUAUACCGCUGGCACCACUGUGACCUAUAUAUGCCGUAACACUCACAGCAUCAUCCCUGGAAUUGAUUCUGUCAUUACUUGUCUUGAUAAUUACACCUGGACUGCAGUCCCAGUUUUUUGUAAAGGAAAAUCGUGUGGUGACCCAGGAAGCCCCCCAAAUGGCAAAGCUAUUAUUCUAACUGAUCUCCUGUAUUUGGCAAGAGUGAAUUUCACUUGUGAUGAUGGGUACACAUUAAUUGGGUCACCUUCUACCCGGUGUUUACGAAAGGGAGAUGGAGUCAAGUGGCAGAAUAAGCCUCCAGUUUGUGAGCGCAUUAUUGCAUCUACGAUGACGGCGACAUUUUCUAGUGGACAAACGAAGACAGAUGUCAUAUCCAUAGGGCCAACAGUGAAACUAUCAGGAGAUGCCACUACACAUAUUCCAGCCACUACUGCACUUAUCACACCCACAGCUUUCGCUAGUGGACAAACAGAGAAAGAUGACAAAUCCUUAGGUGAUUGUAACCGCCCAGAACGGAUACCACAUGCUGAACUAAGGAGUGGGGAACUAAAAGACACCUAUCCUGUUGGGACUACUUUGACAUACCGUUGCAUCCCGGGUUAUGAACUUAUCCGUGGCAUAAUACCUCGGAUUACCUGUACUGGAACUUCCACAUGGUCACCAGAAGCUCCUGAAUUUUGUCAAGGAAAGCGGUGUGCUCCUCCAGAUUUAGAAAAUGGCAGAGUAACAACUUCGACUGACUACCGACUUGGUGCUGAAAUAACCUUUACCUGUGAUUUUGGAUUCCGAUUAAUAGGGAGAAACUCUGCCCGUUGUACUUUGGCAGGCGGCGUAGUUGCUUGGGAUUAUCAAGGACCACUUUGCCAACGUAUUCCUUGUUUCCCUCCUCCAGAGAUUGACAAUGGUAGCAGUGAUUAUGAUGGUAGUCGAGACUAUGACUAUGGCCAGGUGGCCACGUACACAUGUCAACCCAGUUUCACUCUUAUUGGAAGCAAGAAUCUUGUGUGUACUACAAAAGAUGGAAAAAAUGGGGAGUGGGAUAAACCUGCACCGGAAUGCAAAGUGGUUAGCUGUCGUAGACCAGAAAUCGCAAAUGGAAACGUCUUAAGUCCAUUUCAGGCUUCAUACCCUUAUGAUCAUUCCUUAACGUUGAAUUGUAAUGAAGGAUAUACUUUGACUGGGAGUAACAUUAUUAAAUGUGGGGCUGACAGUCAGUGGAAACCUUCUGUCCCAACAUGUCUCUUUGGUACCACCAUCACUACCACUACCACCACCACCACCACCACCACCUCAAGUGAGGGUGAGACUCCAUCAGGGCCAGCCACUGUACCAACUGUAAGCCCAACUGAAUCAAGAGAAGAAACCACUAAACAUGAAAUUGGAACUACACUGUCUCCUGUAUCAGAUGUCCCUAAAGAUGAUUCAGGGUCUGUCAACUAUAUUGCAAUUUCUGUUGGAGCUGUUGUUGGUGUUCUAGUACUGAUUGCAAUUGUAGUCAUUGCUCUAAAAUACAGAGCCCGUCAUAACGAGAAGGGCGCUUAUAGUUCAAAUGAGCACAUCAGCAACAGAGAUCUUGUAAAUGCUUCCAACUGAAAGAGUCUGACUUCUAUAAGGAAAAUUAACACUAGUGGCCCUACUAAGCCUUAUGAUGUAGUACCACAGAAUCCAGAUAUUGCAUUGGAAGAAAAAAGUACUCAAAACGUCUGAUCUGAUUGCACUAAAUUUCAUCAUUAAAACUAUGCUCCAGUCACUUUCUAGUUGGUGAUUUACUCCCAAGAGUUCUCCUUGUGAAAAUUGGAAUUGGGUGCCGAGUAAAAAAUCUGAGAUGAAGGCGACUUCCAUAGUUAUAGAACUGGCCGGAUGGACGAUUGAGCCUUUUGGAGCAAGACAGCAUAUUCAGCUGCGCACAAAUUCUGUCGAUUUGUGAAUGUUGCUUCUGCAUAGAACUGGACAGCACUUCUACCCGUCCAGAGCACCUUUAGCUUCUUGAAUCAAGUACAGAGCUGCAGAAUAUAUCUCCUCUGGAAGUGAUGCAUUCUCCUAUCUCAAUGAAAACUUGAACUGAUGAUUUCUUUCUAGAACGCUUGAAAGCGUUGUCUUAACAGCAUCCCAGAUAUUGCAAGACCAUGCAUUUUCUCCUGAAAGCAUUACCCCACAGGAUUCUCUCACACAGAGCCAUAACUAAUGCUAUCUUGCCUUUCUCUUGCGACAUAAACAUAUGCUAAAAACAUGUGCCUAAAAGUUCUGUGUGUUUAAGCAGACCAGAGCUUUCUGUACUUAACCAAAAUAUCAAGAGACACUUCUAUGUCACAUUUGGUUUUGAUGGGAAUGAGUUCAUUAACCCUCCCAUUAAAAUCAGUAGGGCCAAGAAGCAGUGUGCUGUGGCUGAAUUUAGCCUGAGCUUGUUACAUUCAGGAAAGUAUUAUCUGUGGUGUAAUAUUUUAUUGUAUUUGUAGUGGCUUGUACACAAUUUUUAUUUGGUUAAAUGAAGGAAAUAUUGUCUUUGUAAAGAAUAAAACCUGUUUACCAGAGUAUGUAAAUAAACCUUGAAUAAGA